GAAGACAGGACGCUCACACAGGCAGAGACCAAGGCCAUGUGAGAUUUUACCCACUUUGUAUUCCCUCAUUUUGGGCUGACAGGGUAAUAUUUACGAUUUUGCCAAUUGUGCAGACCCUGUUAUCUAUGCAUCUAUUCAGAUAGCUUAAUGGCAAUAGUAAACGCAACACUGCUAUACUAUUACCGGUCGAACUUUUUCAUUGGCUAUUUGUUUCAGCGUGCUUGGUUGUUGCUGGGGCGGUAGGCAGGUAUUGCCUGCAGGGGUCAACUGAGGUAUCGAAAAGCACCGCGUACACCGGCUCCUCCAGGAGAGCGUGAGUUAUCUCCCUUUUUCUUGACGUUUCAAACCGCACAGCAGCGAUACCGUCGGCUCUCCGGUGACAGAGCAACCGAGACGUCUUCUCCAUGCCAAGCAUUGCUAAGCAAGAACGUUAACUAUUACGCUUAUUUCAGGCUAUUGAGAGUUAACCGUAGCGCUUACAUGCGGUGAGACAGGGGGAGGAACGCCUUCUCCUCCGGGGUACAGCGACGCUGAGAGAUGAGCUCCUCGGCCGAGCCAGGAGGAGAACCCAGCGAACCCUCCGGCGGCUCCGGGACCCUGGCUCUGACCGUGUGCUUCGCCGCCAUCGGAGGCACCUUCCAGUAUGGCUACAACAUCUCCAUCAUCAACGCCCCCACCAGCUACAUCCAGAGCUUCAUCAAUGAGACCUACGUGGAGCGCUGGGGCGUCGCCCUGGAGACCGCUCAGGUGACGCUGGUGUGGACGGUCAUCGUGUCGGCCUUCUCCCUGGGCGGGCUGUUCGGGGCCCUGCUAGCCGGGCCCAUGUCGGUCCGCUACGGCAGGAAGUACUCGCUGCUGCUGAACAACUCUUUCCUGCUCGUCGGCGCCGUGUUCGUGCUCGCUAGCAGGCCGGCGAGGUCGGUCGAGAUGAUCGUCCUCGCACGCUUCCUGGUGGGCGUGAACGCAGGUGUGAGCAUGAACGUCCAGCCGAUGUACUUUGGGGAGAGCUCCCCCAAACACCUGCGAGGUGCUGUGACGUUUUCCUCCGCUGUCUUCACUGCGUUCGGGAUCUUCCUGGGUCAGGUUGUGGGACUCACUGCGGUUCUGGGCACGGAGCCUCUCUGGCCCUACCUGCUGGCUAGUAACGCGUUGCCGGGCUUGAUCCAGCUGCUGACCCUGCCCUGGUUCCCUGAAAGCCCCAGAUACCUUCUCAUUGACCGGGGAGACCGAGAGGCGUGCGUCAAGGCUCUGGGAAGGCUCCGUGGUGGGGAGGCCCCUGUCCUGGAGAUGGAGGAGAUGCUGCAGGAGCAGGAGCAGCAAGUAUCCGCUGCCUUAAAGUCUGGAACCGCAGCUUCCGCCAAGACCCCCUGGUCCCUGUUUAAGGAUCCCAACAUGCGCUCCCAGCUCAGGACAGUCAUGGCUGCCAGCAGUGCCAUGAUGCUCUGCGGCAACGACUCCUUCUACUUCUACGCUUACUACAUCUUUCUCGCAGCGGGGAUCCCUCCAGAGAAAAUCCAAUACAUCACAAUAGGCACGGGGGCGUCCGAAUUCACUGCUUCUAUACUGAGCAAUCUGCUGAUCGAGCGUGUGGGCCGCAAGUACCUUCUUGUGGGAGGGUACAUCCUCAUGUCUUGCUGGACUCUGGUCUUCACUGUGGCUCUCAUCUUCCAGAGCCGCGGGGUGGCCGGGAUGGCCUACCUCAGCAUGGCAUGCGUGUUCGCCUACAUCCUCAGCUUCGGCCUGGGCCCGGCUGGGGUGUCGGUGAUCCUACCCGCGGAGAUCUUUGACCAGACGGCUCGGCCGGCCGCCUACAUGGUAGCCGGCUCGUGUAUGUGGAUCUGCCUGUUCCUGGUGGGAAUGCUGUUCCCCUUCAUCGUCAAGUACCUGGGGAGCUUCUGCUUCCUGCCGUUCUUGGCCGUGUGCCUUGUGUCCGCUGUGUUUUUGGGGCGCACCUUGCCGGAGACGAAGGGCAAGACGAUGGCUGAGAUCACGGCGGAGUUCGACAAAAUGAACGGCGUGAAGGAGAGGGAACGGCCUGACGUGCAGGGGGACGAGCCCGUUAGGGAGAACUACCAGCUGGGCAAAGCCUGCGCCUUCACUAGCCCGACUCAAGAUCUCGACCUGGACCCUGAUGCUAAGAUAGAGUCUGAAAUUUGAAAUGUAAAUGAAAAAGGCAGUGCCUUUGUGGUCUUUCUUUAUGCACUUUAAGUGUGAGAUUAGAUUUCACCUGUCGAGUAACCAUAGUGUCCUAUUUCUCUGUAUAAUUGAAUUCUGGUUUUAUGAGCUAAGUCAUUGGAAAGUAUUGUUGUUCAAUAGACUAACCCUCUGUUAAUAAUUACCUAGUGUGUCCACACAGAAAGUUAAUUGAUGCUCUCUAAAGGACAAGACCAUCUUUUCUCUACAGGAAGGCUCUUUUGUAGCAUAGCAGCGCAACUGCGAGCCAAAUAAUUAUCCAUCCAAGAGUAGCAUACUGAUUCAAUGUCCUCCUGGGAAAAUAAAUCCGUCAGUUAAAAAGCAGCGUGAAUUGAAGGGAAACAUUCCAAGAUCUUAACUCAACAAUUCACUUAGCAACGCAAUCAUUGUUCUAUUUUUCUACCCUCACUAGUGACUUUAUGCCAGAGUUUUGAUCGACAUUUUCAAUUACGGAACGUUAGAGAAUUUAAGAUAAGGCUUUGUUCAAGCGCUGCGUGGUUCCAGUAUCAAAGAAGCAGUCAAUCAGCAGCGGUUUGAACAAUAAGAGAGGUGUUUGGGGUAGAGCGGGCGAUAGUUUGAAUUGUGUGUAUUUAAGGAUUACCCACUCUUAAUUCAGCAUGUCUGCACAGGCUAGAUAACAGUGAUUGUUUAUUGUGCAAUCUGACUAAUACUCUGUGUUGUUGACAUGUCUAUCCAGUCCAGUGAUACAUUUUACAAUAUUGCCUCUCCGAACUCUGGCAGAUUGAGUGUCACGUUCUACUCAGUUCAUUUCACAGGAUUACCAGCCUUUGUAUUUAUGUUUUUGUUGUUAUUUAUGCAUCAACUGACCUGUAUGUAUACGAGUUGGACUCCCAGCCAAGGUGUCUGUCCUAUUAGUGCUACUAACAGCACGGUUCCAGUUUACCCACCUCUUCAAAAUGUUGUCUGUGUCCUCGCGUGCCGUAUUUAUGAAUGCAGCUCCGGCAAACGGCCAGUAGAUGUCGCCAUUAUCUUCGUUCUCUGCUUGUUGUCCUCUCAUCGCCCAAAUAUGAAGCUGUAUGAUAUCAAAAACGACUCACAGAUGUAACACCCAGGCCAAGACGACACUUUUAAAUGUAACAGCUGUGAGCUGGGAGCCCUCCCAGGCCUUCUGUUGACCAUCUGUCACCAGCCUCUAUAUGUUCCCUUUUUUAGUUGUUCUGUAGACUGAAUCAAGAUGCUGCACAUAUUUAAUAUUUAAGGUGCAUUCACCAAAGUGCUUUUUUAUUUAUUUUUUAAUGAAUGAUCCAAAUCCUGCCUGUCUUGUUUCCUCUUUUCUUGUUGGAUUUCAUGUAAUAACCUACUGCUGUAGCAUGUUGGAAUCUUUGCACUAUCUCAAUGAAAUAUUCUAGUUUUAUGACGCUGUCGUUCCAAAGCAUGUGAUGACAAUCCUUGAUGAUAAAAGGUAUACUGUAAAAUACUGCCGGUGUUACGCUGCAGCUUUAUUUUGU